AUGUCUUCCACGUCGGAUAUCCAAGUAGCCUCUGUGGCUGCCGGGUUCACCCUCGGCUUUGGGUUUCUGACGGUCUGGAAGGCAAUCCAGCAUACUAUGAGAAACAGACGGCCAUGGAAGAGUCCGUACAUCUAUAUGAUUUGGGGAGAGAUUAUUGCCAACCUCUGUCUUGGCCUUAUCGGAUGGUUCUUUCUUGAUGGCCAACUGGGUCCAGAGGUGCCCGUCCUAUUCUUUUUCAUCUUUUUCUGGGUGUUCGAGAUCCAGCUACUGAUGCAAAUCAUCAUCAAUCGAAUUGCAAUUAUCGCCGAAGACGAAAGCACGGUAGCAAAGUUGAAAUGGGGCACAGCAGGCGUUAUUACUUGCAUCAACAUAGCCGUCUUUUGUAUCUGGAUCCCGUCGCAUACCAACCCUCCAGUUAGCGAAUUAUUUGUCCGCAUUAACGACAUUUGGGAUCGCAUCUCGAAGAUUUUAAUUUUAAUUGUCGAUGCUGGUCUCAACUACUAUUUCCUACGCACUGUUAAAGAGCGCCUCGUUAAACAACACGGGCUCCGAAAAUACGCUCCCCUGGUCACUUUCAAUGCGAGGCUAAUGGUAGUAUCUAUCCUCAUGGAUGCUAUGCUUAUCGGACUCAUGUCAUUGCCGAAUCAAGAUGUUUACAUUCAAUUCCAUCCUGUUACGUACAUGGUCAAAUUGAACAUUGAAAUGACAAUGGCAGACCUCAUCAUGAAACUUGCAAAAACCGAGAACUCAGAUAUGAGCAUGCCAUCCACCUCCCGCCACCGAACCGAGACUCGGGAGGAGGAGGAAGAAGAAGACACGAAUGGGCAGCAAAACUACAAGAUGCAGCCUGUACUAAGCACCAAGCCUGCAGGCGAGGAAGAUUUUUCUUCCAUCGACGACGACAUGGGACAAUUCGACGAAUCUAAAGCUGCUAGCACGCGCGGAAUUCUGGACGGAGGGAUUCAAGUGGAAACUACCAUCUCGUCGAGAAUCUCUCGAAACUCCAGAGUUGGUGGAGGGCAGAAUGAUGGCUCAGAUGACGAGCUUGCACUAUCGUAUCCUGUCCGGUGA